AUGAGCGCGUCUGGUGAUUCAACAAGUCCCGUCUCAUCAUCGGAAGAAGAAAAUCAACCACAACAUGAAAUGCAAGAUAAUGCCUUCAAGGCAUUGGACAAGCGAUUAAUUGAAACAAUCAAGAAAAAUUAUGGAAAGGAGCUGAUCGGAAAGGACUCGGAACAAUUAACAGAAUUAAUUGAUGAUUACAUGCAAGAUGAUGAGCAGGAUGAAAUAAUUGAAGCUAUUGAUGACGAAGAGGAAGAGCUUGAUCAAGAAAACACAAAAUCCAAUACUCAAAAUCGUACCCGAUUAAUAUUCCGAAAUUACGAUCCUAUGGAUUACAAACUUAAACGGUACAAGAAGAGACACUAUGCAACCCUAGAUCCACACGAAAAAACAUCUAAAUAUUUUGCAUCUCCGAUUGAAGCAACAGAGGUUAUUCUGCGUGAUCAAAUUUCAGGCUUACUCGAGGAAGCAGCAAAGCUACAGAGCUUGGCCGGACUUGAUAAAAUGCUGGAAGGAGAGGAAGACAAUAGCGAUUCGAAUUUGUUAAAACCUAGAAAACUAAAUGAAGACCUCAAGAGACAUAUCAAGGAUCAAAUGGAUUUUCUGGAAAAACAAACAAAUCAAGCACUACGAGAAAUGUUACAGGAACGAAUUGAAGAAGAAGAGGAAGAGGAGGAUGAAGAAGAAGAUAAUGAAUAA